CGUAGCGUCACGCCCUCAAUGAUCGCUGGAAAUAUGGCGUCAGCGUAUGCACGGGCGAUCCCGAACUCUACAGACGGAUAGCGAAAGUCCGGGCUCCAAAGAGCCACACUAAGGCUUUAUUUGCAGAUCGUAAACGUCGGGUCGACUGUUUUAUUCGCCUUGACAUGUCUGAACCCAUGCACGAGUGAUAAGACCUAUCGUCGCAUCGCCCGGUAUGGAGCCCCCAGGACAGGGCAGGCCCACGGACCCACCGAACGAUGCGUCCCGGCAGAGCUCUGAGUUGGAAGAGUUUUGGGACGAGAUCAGCCAAUCAGAGGAGUCCUUCUACGGCACCUCCCCUCCCUGCACCCCCCGCCAGAUGAAGCGCAUGUCUGGCAAGCACCAGCGCGGCAGCCUGAGCAGGGCUGCGGUCCGCUCCCCCAACAAGGAGAAGAACCUUUCCAGUGCCUCCUCCCAAAGAGAGCGCGAAGGAGCCAAGCCAUCGGAACCCAGCGAGGAGGUCACCUACAGGCAAGGCAAGAAGCAGCGCUCCAACCUGCGCUCCAACGAGCGGGACAAGAAGAAGAUCUUUGAGGGCUCGUUCGUUCUUGACCCGGUCUCCAAGUCUGGCGCUUUUAGCGCCCUCAGCAUGGACCCCAGGAAACCCUACCUUAGCCUGGGCUGCAGUUUCAGCAAGCUGCCUGUUAGCAUGCCGCACCAGCUGCCCCGCACGCACCGACAGACCUCACGCACCGACUGCCCGGCUGACCGGCUCAAGUUCUUCGAGACUCUGCGGCUGCUCCUCAAGCUCACCUCUAUGUCGUCGAAGAAGAAGGAGAGGGAGCAGCGUGGCCUGGAGAACACGGCCUGCAUGGGCCAGAACAACGAGGUGAUCUGGCUGGAGCUACAAGCGUGGCAUGCCCGCCGCACCAUCACUGACCAGGACCUGUUCCUAUACACGGCCCGUCAGGCCAUCCCCGAAAUCAUCAGCAAGGUGCUGCACUUCCGGGUGGAUUACGGCAGCCUGCCAGCUGCCAGUACCUUCUCCGCUCCGGCAUCGGACGAGUCCUGCCCGGGCGGGGCUGGCUGCGACGCCUGCCCCGGCUCCUGGGUGAAGGCGGAGACGGAGGCGGACCAUUCUGACCUGCUGGGCUCGGGCGCAGCCUGCAGGGAACACCUGCAGAGGCAGCGGCUUGCCUUCGAGCAGGUGAAGGGAGUGAUGGGACUGCUGGAGUCUGUGGAGGCGCUGUACCCCUCGCUGCAGGCCCUGCAGAAGGACUACGAGAAAUAUGCGGCACGGGACUUCCAGGGCAGGGUGCAGGCACUCUGCCUGUGGCUCAACAUCACGCAGGACCUGAACCAGAAGCUGCGUGUCAUGGGCACCGUGCUGGGCCUGCGGGACCUGUCCCGCAUCGGCUGGCCCGUCUUCGAGAUCCCUUCGCCCCGCUGCUCGCACGGCAACGAUGCCGAUGACGAAUUGCGGGCCGAGGGUGGCGAGAACGGCCCCGCUGCCACGCUCGCGGACGACAGCGAUGCUGAGGAGGGUGGAACCGGAACCGGAACCGGAGUGGAGAGCCUGGUGCCCAAGUUUGCCCGGCUGCUGUCGGAGGAGUUUGCACCGGCCCGCAUGGGCAAGAGCCAGUACUGUCCGACAGCCAUCUACAGGCCUUUUGUGGACAAGGCACUGAAGCAGAUGGGUCUGCGCAAACUGAUCCUUCGAUUGCACAAACUGAUGGACCGCUCACUGCAGAGGUCCAGGACCGCUCUGCUGAGCCACACGCCCACUCAAGAGUUGUCAGAGGUUCCAGACUGCUCAAUGCUAUACAGUGAUUACCUGCCUGAACUCUCCCGCCACCUGGCUGGACUGGUGGAAGAGGAGGCGGGCUCUGGGCGGGUAUCGUGGGCGGAGCUACAGGACAUGGACCUGCCCUCGUUUCGUCCUGCUUUCUUGGUGCUCUGCCGUGUGCUGCUAAACGUCAUUCACGAGUGCCUCAAACUACGCCUGGAGCAAAGACCUGCUGGAAAACCCUCACUGCUCAGCAUCAAGCAGUUGGUGCGUGAGUGUAAGGAAGUCCUGAAAGGUGGCCUCCUCAUGAAGCAGUAUUACCAGUUUAUGCUUCGCGGCAUCGUUUCCGACCCGCAAGGCCUGCAGACCAACGCCAACAUCGAUGAGUUUGAAGAAGACCUUCAUGAAAUGCUUGAGGUGUACUUCGGUUACAUGCGCAGCUGGAUUGAGAUGUUGCAGCAGCUACCACAAGCCUCCCACAGCCUGAAGAACCUCCUAGAGGAGGAGUGGAACUUCACCAAGGUCAUCACCCCAUACAUCCGUGGAGGCGAAGCUCAGUCUGGAAAGCUCUUUUGUGACAUUGCUGGUAUGCUGCUGAGGUCCACAGGAGACUUCUUGGAUGCAGGCCUCCAGAAGAGCUGUGACGAGUUUUGGGAGAGUGCUGAUGGCAGCACCGCUUCUGAUGAGAUCAGGCGGUCUGUGAUUGAGACGAGUCGCUCACUCAAAGAACUUUUCCACGAAGCCAGAGAGCGGGCCUCUAAAGCGCUGGGCUUUGCCAAGAUGCUUCGCAAGGACCUUGAAAUUGCUGCUGACUUCAGCCUAGCCAAGGGAAUGUCUUGCAUCCUGCAUGCACUGAAAGAAAAGAACUAUGUGAAGGUCCAGAUCCCAGGGGUGGAGGAACUACAAGUUUUUGUCCCAUCUGGACUGAUGGAGCAGAGGUCCAGCAUCCUGCAGCUCCUGAACGCAGCUGCGGGGAAAGAGUGCUCCCGGGAGCCCGACGAGAUGCCCGAGGACGAGGCCUACCUCCUCAUGAGCAAGCACGGAACCAGCGACAUGGCUGCUGGGAAGAUCUGUUCUGAAUGGGGCGGAACCGUCCUCAAACUGGUGCCACAGAUGGAGACCGUGGACACACUAAAGGCCAUGAAGGUGGAGAACCUGCUCCUGAUCGUGAUCCUGUCGGCCCACCUGGUGACCCAGCGCAAAGCCUUCCAGAACUCCAUGGAUAAUCUGCUGACCCUGCGGCGGGAGCAGACCUCCAGCCAGCCUCUCGUUGCCCAAGCCCUGGAACAGCUCAAGAAUGAGGCUCUGGAACUGUGCGAUAAGAUCAACAGCGCCAUUGACCACGUAGAGUACAUGUUCACCUCUCAGUUUGAGGCAGAAGUAGAGGAGUCAGAAUCUGCCAACCUUCAGCAGUACUACAGAGAAGCCAUGAUCCAAGGCUACAAUUUCGCCUUCGAGUACCAUAAAGAGGUGGUGAGGCUGAUGUCCGGAGAGUUCCGGCAGCGGAUCGGGGAACGCUACAUUGCCUUCGCCCGGAAGUGGAUGAACUACGUCCUGACCAAGUGCGAGAGCGGCCGAGGGACCCGGCCCAGGUGGGCGACGCAAGGCUUCGACUUCCUCCAAGCUAUCGAACCGGUGUUCAUCUCUGCUCUGCCUGAGGAUGACUUCCUGAGUCUUCAGGCCCUGAUGAACGAGUGUAUCGGCCACGUGAUUGGGAAGCCACACAGCCCCGUUAGUGGCCUGUACCUGGGUGCUACACGGAACAGCCCUCGACCUGUCAAAGUUCCUCGCUGCCAUAGUGACCCUCCAAAUCCGUCCCUCUUCAUCCCAAAUGCAGAGGGCAGCAGCUCUCGGAGUCUCCCGUGUGACCUGCGCACCCAGAUAUGCCCCCCGGGCCCACGCCCUGCCUCUCAGGCCCCGCACGGGGAAAACAGCACCACCAAAGCUCCCUGCACCAUCCCCAGUGAGCAAAGUGUCCCCGAGAACGACCGCCUCUCCUCGGUAGCCGCAGAGCUGCAGUUCCGAUCGCUCAGUCGCCACUCCAGCCCCACGGAAGACCGAGACGAGCCGUUGUAUCCGAGAGCAGACCACGGGGCUGUGGCUCGUCGUAGCUGGGAACUCCGUAACUUCAUCAGCCAGUCAAAAGCCUGCGAGAGUCCGAUGGAGGCGGUGCAGCGCGCCAUCCGCGCCUUUGAGGAGCAGCGGUACGGCUCCCUGCGUCAGCGCAACGUCAUCGGGCAGGUGUGCAGCACACCCAAGUCCUACGACAACGUCAUGCAAGUGGGCCUGCGCAAAGUCACCUUCAAAUGGCAGCGCGGCAACAAGAUAGGUGAAGGGCAGUAUGGGAAGGUGUACACAUGUAUUAACGUGGACACCGGUGAACUCAUGGCUAUGAAGGAGAUUCGCUUCCAGCCCAAUGACCACAAGACGAUAAAGGAAACGGCAGACGAGCUGAAAAUUUUCGAAGGGAUUAAACACCCCAAUCUGGUCCGCUACUUUGGUGUUGAGCUCCAUCGGGAGGAGAUGUACAUCUUCAUGGAGUACUGUGAUGAAGGCACGCUGGAGGAAGUCGCCAGGCUAGGCCUGCAGGAGCAUGUGAUCCGGCUGUACUGCAAGCAGAGCACCACCGCCAUUAACGUGCUGCACGAGCAUGGCAUCGUGCACCGUGACAUCAAAGGCGCCAACAUUUUCCUCACGUCAUCCGGCCUGAUAAAGCUGGGUGACUUUGGUUGCUCGGUGAAGCUGAAGAACAACGCACAUACCAUGCCGGGCGAGGUGAACAGCACGCUGGGUACUGCAGCAUACAUGGCUCCUGAGGUCAUCACAAGGGCAAAAGGUGAAGGUCAUGGUCGUGCAGCUGAUAUCUGGAGUCUUGGGUGUGUUCUCAUUGAGAUGGUUACUGGAAAGAGACCGUGGCACGAAUACGAGCACAACUUCCAGAUCAUGUACAAGGUGGGCAUGGGUCACAAGCCACCUAUCCCAGAGAAACUCAGCACGGAGGGGAAAGACUUCCUGACCCACUGUCUGGAGAGCGAUCCCAAACGUCGCUGGACUGCCAGCGCCCUGCUGGACCAUCCCUUCGUGAAGGUGACUCCCCACCCCGCUCCUCUGACGCACAAGACGGCUCACCUGGGAUGCGCGCAGCUCUGCCAAUGACGUCUGAAAAUGCCCUAUGAAUUUUGUUCUGGCCAAAACACAAGCACAUACUUCAUUAAAUAUAUAUAUUAAAAAAAAAAAAGUAAUUAAUCUAAUUCAUGGAUGCCUUGUAAUGCCUCGAUACCCAAUUCAAGCUUGAUUUGAUGUUCCAUUUCAUCUUAGAGCAGCACUCAUGGAAAAUGUUGAUCUUUAACCCUAGAGUAUCCCUCUCCUCUCUGGGAGCGUUUAUCCAUUAUGCGAAGGUGAGGUCGACGGAGACCCGCUCUACACCCAGCCCGUCGCUACCUGCCCUCAUUCCAUCUCUCGUCCUUUUCUCGUUGCAGGUCUGUACAGACGAGGAGUGACGUGGCAGCGGCCCGGUAUGCUCUUAACAUUUACAAAACCGCUGACACUACAGUGCGUUGGCGUUCUCGAGGGACUGUGGUUUAACGAACAAGAUUACGGCGCAAUCCUCGUCGGGCCAGCCGGCACCCUUUGGCGAGAGCAAGCAAGUCUUAUGUGUACAGUUUAUUAACUGGAUUAACUGGGCAGGGAUGGGCGGAGUAGCCGCAAGGGUGUGACUGCAGCGGGACACACAUUGUACAUAAUGUAAGGAUAAGGUUAGGAUUUGUUUUGUAUAAAGGUUACUGCCAAGCCACUUGUCUCGGUGGAGACGAAUUCUGAGUAACAAGCAACAGGACUGUUUGUUUUAAAUAAAGGAAAGAAGAAAAAUAAGCAAAAAGGCACUUUGUUGGAAAGCUGGUCCCACUCGAAGCACAAAGGAUGAGUGUGAUAGUAGAGUUGGACAGAACAUACGAGUUUAAUGUAAUCACUGCUGAGGGGGUCUUUUAAGUUAUUGUGAGUCGCCCUCCCAUGCCAUGUAUGCAAUGUUAAGUAGAGAGGUUUGAACGUCAGUGAAGGGAAUCUUUUUAAUAUUGUAUAGUGUGUUUGUUUUAUUUUUUGCCCAGCUGCAAAGCCAAUUGUUUAGUCAUAUUUAAGCCUAUUAUAAGUUGUGCUGUACUGGCCCACUCCUCCAACUGGCCAAUGGCGUGCCUUUAAGAGCAGGGUGCAGGAGUGUACCCAGCCAACAAGAGGAACGGGUGAGGCUGAAUUCCUCUCUGCUGCUGAAAACACACAUACACGAACAAACACACCCACCUCACACUCCCACAUAAGUAGGUGGUCAAAUCUGUCUUUUCCUACAAUUUCUGGAGAAAACAUUUACAUCUCACCCCCAUCUUUUCAGUUUGGACCAAUGACAUGGCAACACGAUCACUUUAUGCUCAUAUGCCAACAGUAUGUAGUAACCUCUUGUAGCAGAGCCCUGCUAUAAAAAUCAAGCAUCAAUGUUUCUGGUCCUCUGGCACCUACAGUGUUUGCAAUGUAAAGAAAGAAUAAUGAAUAAACAUCCGUUUUUAAA